AUGACGGAGGACACACAUGACCAGGGUACUCCGUCUGCUCUUCGUCCCCGCCCUGGCUGGGAUAAGGCAGCUCAAAACCCAGAUGCGGUUCAUUCAACCCUGGACCUAACGGCCGUCGCCAGCACUGGGUACACGGACCCCUCGUACCAGCCGCCCAAACUGUCGCCGCUUUCCGACGCAGGCGAGCUCGACCAGUUACCGUACAAGGAGGCUCAGCAGGGUCACAGGCUGGCUCGUGCCUCGUCACCCAAUGGCACGCGCGGUGGUGGCGGUGGCGGCGGCGGCAGCAGCAGCAUCCGCGGCGCUGCCAGUCACGCCGCAGUCAGCGACGGCGCCCCGACUGCUGUCCCAGAUCUGGAGGGAACCACUCACGCAGACGGCCGACCCGCCUGGGACUCCCGCUUCAUCCUGGAACGCAGCGCCUGGGAGGUGCAGCCGCGCACCGCGCUCCUGCGUCCACCCUCCACUAAUGCCUUUCCAGGCAGCGGCGUCCGCGGCUCCUUUCCCACAGGCACCGGCCGCAGCGAACACAGCCGCAGCCCUGGAGGCCGCCGGACCUCGGACGGUGACAACACGCUGGGACCUCGCACCGGCGGCAGCAGGAUUGUCAGCACGGACGGGAACGGCACACGCACAACCAUCCUGCCGGGACUGAACGCGGCCUCACCGCCCAUAUGGACAAGUCCGUACGGCGGUGAGGUGACGUCGCCGGGACCUGGCCGGAACGCAACAUCGCCGGGGACGUCACCCGGCCCUGGGGGCUACACCGCUGCUGCAGGGGGCACAAACACUGCCCUGGGGACCGCCGCCGCGGCCGGUACUACUAAUGGUGCACAACGCUCUCCCCGUACGGACUUACUGGAUUCGUACGUCGGACGAGCAUACAGUCCAGACCAGUCGUACUUCCGUGAAGGUAGCAGCGGUGGCGGCGGAGGUAGUCCCGGGAGCCAGGGUCGGCGGGGCGGGGCAGGGGACGCCGGGGUGGGCGCUGAAGGGGACGGGGUCGACGGGCACGGCACACACCUUCCGGCUCUGGAACGUGCGGGUUACGCCAGGGUGAAGGAAAAGGAGGUGAAGGAGAAGGAAAAAGAGGCUCAGGCCGCUGCCGCCGCCAAAGCCAGCGCACAGAAAGCGGCUAUCUUGGCGCUUGGGGCGGUGUACUUGCCACCAGGCACCAAGCUGCGAAUCGGUGGCAGCAGCGGCGGCGGCGGCGGCGGUGCCAGCGCACGUGACACUUCCCGCAACAGCCACCUGCUGGCGUCGCCGCCGCCACUGUACAGCCGCAGCUGCCGUAGCACUGAAGACGACGGCGGGCGGCGGGCCCAUAGCUUGGAGGCUGGCGGGUGCGGCGGUGGCGGGCACGCAACGGACCGUGGCCGGGACACUAGUCCGGGUCCCGGCGGCGGCAUCUGGAGGCCCUCUGGCAGGCAGCCCAUUCCGGAUGCGGCGCCGCCGGUGCCGAAACACACGUACAGGAGCUCGUCGGGGGAGGCCAAGGAGACGCAGGAGGAAGCCGACCGCCGACGGGCGGUGCCCCGGGACCCGGCCAUCUACAGCCCCGAGCGCUACCCGAUUGUGGGCAUGGGCUGGUUCCUACCGCCAGAAAAGAUUCCUCCCAACCCCGCGUACAUGGGAAUCAAGGCCAAGUAUAUGGAGGCGCGGCCCCAACGCAACGAUGAUGACGGCGCUAAGACUUCCCACAUUCCCGAUAUCCACCUCAAACCCUGGCUCACGGCGGGGAAGCACCUCGUCACGGACAGCUCCACGCCGCCGCCGAAGAUGACGGGCACGGCAGGCGCCCGGCCACCGUACUCGUUCUCCCCGUCGGCGACCGGCACCAGUGUUGCUGGGCCAGGCACCUCACGCUCCAGUAAGGGGACGGCGCGGCGCGGUCGCGGCGCGGCACGGGGCGGUGGAGGCGGCGGCGGUGGCGGCAAGCGCAACGGCAGGCGGAGCCGCGGCAGCAGCAUUGCGGGCGAGAGCGACAGUGAGGCCGAGGACAGCGAAGUGGAGGGUGAACGGGAGGUGCUCGCGGUGAUUGGGGGCGUGCGGCUCAUGUCCAUGACAAAGCGCCACGACAUGCAGGAUGAGGCGCGGCUGGAGGCGGAGGAGGAUGCGCAAAUGGCGAAGGAGGACGCGGAGGCUGCGCAGCGGGCGAUGGAGGAGGAGCGGCAGCAGCAGCCGCAGCAGGGGGACACGGGGCUCGGAAGGGAACAGGAGAGCCAUUACUCUUCUGGACUGGAGGCCUCCGGUUCCGAGACUCGAGCAAGUGGAGAAAGAAUGGAGCGCGAUGAAAAGGGGGGAUCUGGAAGGAGCGUGUCAGGGAAGCGGCACUCCGGGGCCACCGAGGGGGUGGCUCCCAGCAGCGCCGGCCGAGGUUAUGGUGGUAGCACUAGUCGGGGCAGCAAUCGCAGCAGCCGCAGCAGUAACAUCAGCCGUAAUGGUGGAGGUGCUCAGGUUGAAGGUCAACGCGGCGGCAGUGGUGGCAAUGGGUAUGGCCCAGAGGCUGAGGCUGAGGCAGGCGGCGACAGCGGCGGUGAUAAGGAUGAUGAUGAUGGGUUUGUUGGAAGUCGGGUGCCGGCGAGUCGAGAAGUCAGCCAGAGGAGCGGGGAUGGUAAGGAUGAGGCGGAGGCGGGCGGGUUGGGAGGGGAACAGGAGGAGGAGGAGGGCGUUUACAAAGAGGGCGGCGAUGCGGAGGAUGAAGCCAGCAAUGGUGACGAUGAUGAUGGAGACUUGGCGGCACAAGCGGCCAUGGCAGGUCUUGGGGACAGCGAUGGUGAUGGCGAUGUGGACGCGGAUGCUGGCGGGGGAGAUGACGAGGAGGAGGUCGCUGGCAACAGUGGCGCUUGGGAGUAG